AUGGCGGCAUCUCGGGAGCUUCAGCCCCCCGAGGUCGAGAUUCUAGUGCACGUCACAGCACCGAGCAGGACGGCAGACGACGCUGCCUACAGACAGCUGGCCCAAUCCUACCUUUCGUUCCAGCCGCAGCAUCGGCUCCUCAUCACCGCAGAUGCCUCUCAGCAGCAGCAUCCUUCAGACACGCAACUUGCCGGCCAACUGGGGGAUGCUCCCACGCAAGAGCAGCAACAGAGCACCGCCGCUUCGGCGCCCAAAGAGUUCCCAGCGCCAUCAAGACAGCCCUGGCUUCCAGAGUCUCAGGACUUGAGCUUCCGGAGCGUCUACGACAACCGCUUCUCGCCACCGCUGCAAGAGAGGCGCAACCUGAUAGACAAGGCUCAGCCAAACCAGGAAGAGGAUGGCGAGUCCUUGUCAACCCAGCUCGCGUCCCCAUGGCAAGCGCCUCCAAGCCAAAUCAGCGAUUCUUACCCCUUGCCGGAUGCCGAGCUACGCCAUGCCACACCAACGAGGGUCCUAGAGCAUUGGAUGAAGAAGCCAGUCCCAUCUCCUCCCUGGAAUCACAAAUCCGGUUCUGCAGCCGCCGCACCAGACCAUGCGCAUGGAGAGAACACUCACAUUCCGUCGUCUGUUCCCAUACCCCCCGACGUUGGCGAAGACGGAAGCCAUUCCCUCGGACACGAGAAGAUCGCAAACAUCAUCCCCGUCACCCCCGGAGUAUCGAAAGAGGCAUCGACUAGAAAGCGAGACGCAUUCUCCCCUACCGUGAUCGACGAGACCAUCUACAUAUCAAGCGGUGCUCAAGACGAUGACGCAGUCUCCGAAGAAGCCUCACCCAGAGCUGAGUCCGCACCACCUCUGUCGAAGCGCCAAAGGGGUCUCAUAGAGGAAGCCGCAUCGACGAAUCUGCAGCGGAGCUCCAGUGACGCCGGGCCAGCCCUAAACACCCGACCAACAAGCUCUCACCCAGCUGUGUCAAGGAAUUCUCUCGACGCCUUGGAGAUUCGACCUCCCUCACCUCCCGCAGGCAUCGUGGACCUCGAGCCUGCCGACCUGGUCCCCGACAAACUGGCCAAACUAGCCCAAGACCUCUCCUCUCGAUAUCGCCCUGUAGCGCGACGCGAUCUGGAGCCCCUCGAGCGAGGCUACUGGCUCAUCGACUGCACCGGCUGGUCCGACGACGUCUUCCGCGAAGGCUGGCUCUUUCUGGGCAACUACCUCCGCAGCGGCCUGGCCGGCUGGGGCGUGUGGUGUCGCCGGGACGAGUCGCGUAGCUGGAUCCGACUCUACUGCUGGGCGCACGUCGCGAAGCAUACGUAUCUGCUGCUGUAUCUUGCCAGCGGUCGGCAGAUGAAGGGUACUGGGGGGAAAUGGAUUGGCGCCGAUGGGGAGGUUGCUUUGGAAGUGCUGCCCGUGGAGAAGAAGUAG